UGUUGAACCCGCGCGCUCACCUCCGCACCGGAAGGGAUAGCUGCGGUGCGUUUGAGCUAGCUGGUACAAAUGAAACCCCCCUGUCAGUCCAAGCCUCCUGCACCGUCUUGAGUUUUUAUCAUAAACUUAACCGAAGCUCGCCUCUCUGUUCUUACGUGUCCUCGUGAUCCAUGACGGUUGGGGUCAGGUAUGGCUGUCGUGUCGUGGAAGGAGAUUCUACUUCUGACCGGGCUGGUGGUGGGCUGCUACUGGAACAGUCUGUCCUGCGGCUUUGUGUUUGACGACGUCUCCGCUAUCCUCGACAACAAGGACCUCCGGCCCUCGACCCCUCUCGGCAACCUGUUCCUCAAUGACUUUUGGGGAACGCCGAUGGCUGAGGAACGGAGCCAUAAGUCUUACAGACCGCUAACAGUGCUCACCUUCCGACUGAACUACCUCUUCAGUGAGCUCAGCGCAGCUUCCUAUCAUCUGCUGAAUAUCAUUCUACACGCCGUCGUUUGCAUCCUUUUCCUGCGGGUUUGCCGACUAUUCCUGGACAGGACUUUCAGCCUGCUGGCGGCGCUGCUCUUUGCCGUGCACCCCGUCCACAGUGAGGCGGUCACUGGUGUAGUAGGUAGAGCUGAGCUACUUUCUUCAAUUUUCCUGUUGGCUGCUUUCCUGGCAUACACCAAAUCAACCAGUGCAGACCGCUCCAUUGUUUGGCCUCCAAUUGCUCUGACUGUAGUUCUGGUGGCUUCAGCGACUCUGUGUAAGGAGCAGGGAAUUACUGUGGUCGGUGUCUGUUGCGUCUAUGAAGUUUUUGUUGCACAGGGGUUUACACUGCCCAUACUACUGGAUACUUUGCGGCAAGUCCUGCAGGGUAAAGAUGGUUUCCCUUAUGCUGUCCUGCAAACUCUUCUGAAGCUCAUCGUCCUCGUCAUCAGCACCCUGCUCCUCGUUAUUGUCAGGGUUCAAGUUAUCCAGUCCCAGCUGCCUGUCUUCACCAGAUUUGAUAACCCAGCAGCUGUGAGUCCCACUCCAACCAGGCAGCUGACUUUCAACUACCUGCUCCCAGUAAAUGCAUGGCUGUUACUGAAUCCCUCAGAGCUGUGUUGCGACUGGACCAUGGGUACCAUUCCUCUGGUGGAGUCCCUUUUAGACCUCCGUAACAUGGCCACUGUGAUGUUCUACACGCUUCUGUGCCUGCUUGCCCACUACAGCCUGCGCUACAGUCACAGCUCAGCCAAGACUGUGAUUAUGGCUUUGUCUUUGAUCGUCCUGCCCUUCAUUCCAGCCUCCAACCUCUUCUUUCCUGUGGGCUUUGUUGUUGCAGAGAGGGUGCUUUACGUUCCUAGUAUGGGGUUCUGUGUUCUUGUAGCACAUGGAUUCAAGAUCGUCUCACAUAAAGGACAAUUAAAGAAAAUUUCCUGGUUGAUGAUUGGCGUGUUGCUAACCACACAUGCAGUGAAAACUUUCAACAGGAACUGGGACUGGGAGUCAGAAUAUACCCUUUUUACCUCUGCCCUGAAGGUCAACAAGAACAAUGCCAAGUUAUGGAAUAAUGUUGGCCAUGCUUUAGAGAACCAGAACAACUACGCAAUGGCUCUCCGGUAUUUUCUCCAGGCCACUCGGGUCCAGCCAGAUGAUAUUGGAGCUCAUAUGAACGUUGGAAGAACGUACAAGAACUUGAAUAAGUCCAAAGAGGCCGAGGAGGCUUAUCUGGUUGCUAAAUCCCUCAUGCCACAGAUUAUUCCAGGGAAGAAGUAUGCAACACGCGUGGCCCCCAAUCACCUUAAUGUUUACAUAAACCUGGCAAAUCUGAUACGGGCCAACGACUCUCGGCUGGAGGAAGCCGAUCAGCUCUACAGACAAGCAAUCAGCAUGAGACCAGACUUCAAACAGGCCUACAUCAGCAGAGGGGAGCUGCUGCUGAAGAUGAACAAGCUGACUGAAGCCCGUGAAGCCUAUCUCCGAGCCUUGGAGCUGGACGGAACCAACGCUGACCUUUGGUACAACCUUGCCAUAGUCAACAUCGAGAUGAAAGAUCCAUCCGAAGCCCUGAAGAAUUUUAACCACGCCUUGGAGCUCAAUCCACGCCACAAACUGGCGCUCUUUAAUUCAGCUCUUCUCAUGCAGGAGUCUGGAGAGCCAAAGUUCUGGCCUGAAGCCAACCGUCGUUUCCUCACCUAUGUGGAAGAGGAACCCAAUGACGCCAAUGGCUACUUUAACCUUGGCAUGCUGGCCAUGGACGCAAAUGAAAACGCUGCAGCUGAGCACUGGAUGCGAAAGGCCAUUGGCCUGCAGGCUGGGUUCCGCAGCGCCCUUUUUAACCUGGCUCUACUUUACUCACAGUCUAAACGGGAGGUGAACGCAUUACCUGUGUUAGAUGAGCUCCUACGAUAUCACCCUGAGCACAUAAAGGGCCUGAUUCUGAAAGGCGACAUCCUCAUGAACCACAAGAAGGACACUAAGGGUGCUAAAGCCUGCUUCGAACAAAUUCUGCAAAUGGACCCCACCAACGUCCAAGGAAAACACAACUUAUGCGUGGUCUACUUCGAGGAGCGGGACUUGCCACAGGCCGAGCGAUGCCUGGAGGAAACACUGGCUCUGGCGCCAAACGAGGAGUAUGUUCGUCGUCAUUUGAACAUUGUACGCAGUAAGAUGGCUGCCAUGAGCGCAGCUGGAGAGCCGCUCUCAAAAGUGAGAGCCAAUGAGGAGAAGCCACAGGAAGUUUUGGGUGUGAAGGAAGGGAGGAGUGCUGAUGCUGUUGGAAAGGGAGAUGGAGAUGAGAAGAAUGUGCGGAAAUCCUCAGUAGAAGGUCUCAGAGGCGGAGGGGCAGACCAAACAGAACCUUUAGACAGUACCCAGGCUGGCAAACGAACUAAGGGCAAGUCCACGGAAGAGAUUAAAGAUAUAGAGGAGAAAAGAGCAGCAGCUCUGAAGAGACUGGAAGAGAUAGAGCGCAUAUUAAGCGGCGAUUGAUCCUGAUGCAAUCCCGUGCUAGACUUCCUUUUCCAGAACUCUUCAGUACUUGCAGUAAAGCUACAAACCCCGUUAAAAAUGUGUAUCCUUAAUCUGCUGGAAUUUUAUGACUGGUUUGUUUUUGAUUUUUACAAGAUCAGUAAAUCUUUAUUUUACUCCUUUCAAAUCACAGAUCCUAUAAAAGAAAACAAAAACAGAAACAUCCACCACAGAAUAAUUAAUAAGCCCACUGCCGAUGUGAUUUGAACACGAAUGUCAUAUUUUUUUGUUCCUGUUGAUCACUAGAUUUGUGUUUAAUAAGAUGUGACUCACUCCUCUGUUAUUGUUAAAAAAAAA